UGGGUCACGGCGCAGGCGCGGAAUACGGAGUAGCGCCGCGCGAGGCGGAGGCGCGGGGUUCGCGUGUGUUCUUGUGGGUCUGGGUUUCGGAACCGGUGGUUGAGUCGACAUGUCAGACAACGAGGACAAUUUUGACGGGGAUGACUUCGACGAUGUGGAGGAGGACGAAGGGCUGGACGACCUGGAGAAUGCCGAGGAGGAGGGCCAGGAGAAUGUUGAGAUCCUGCCCUCUGGGGAGCGACCACAGGCCAACCAGAAACGAAUCACCACCCCGUACAUGACCAAGUAUGAGCGAGCCCGCGUGCUGGGCACCCGCGCCCUCCAGAUCGCGAUGUGUGCCCCUGUGAUGGUGGAGCUGGAGGGAGAGACAGAUCCUUUGCUCAUUGCCAUGAAGGAACUCAAGGCCCGGAAGAUCCCCAUCAUCAUCCGCCGCUACCUGCCCGAUGGGAGCUAUGAGGACUGGGGGGUCGACGAGCUCAUCAUCACCGACUGAGCCGAGCUGUCUGCUGCCCUGGCCCCUGCCCACUUGGUUCCCAUUUUCUACGUGUAAAUAAUAAACGAUUUAGUCUUUCA